AUGGGUCUACCUCAGCUGCAGACAUGUUGCCUCAUCUUCGACUUAAAGACUGGCUGCAUCAUCAUGGGCAGUAUCAAUGCGGUCCUAUCCUUCACGCUUCUAUCCUUGAUGAUAGUGUUAGCAGAAGAAGUGAGGGCUAUAGAUGUAGAAUUGUUGUAUGCUGGUGAUGUGGAGAUGCAGGCUGGCGUCGCAGGGCUCUACGCCAUGACCGUCAUCCUGGUGUUCAUGUUCCUCAUCAAGUUCCUGUUUGAUGUCAUCUUCGUUUAUGGGGUGUCUACGGAGCGUCCUGGCAUCAUCAAGGCGUACAUGAUCAUGUGGAUCGUGUUCUUCAUACUGUCAAUGUUCAUCUUCUUCCUCAAUGCCUCCAACAUCAGUGUCGGCACUAUUUGUACCGAAAUGAUUUAUAUUGCUCACAACGUGUACACCAUCCUUCUGUGCCACAGUUUCUACAAGCAACUGAACACCAGAGAAGAAGUGUAA